AUGAUAACCUUACAGGCUCGGCUCUUCCAAACUCAAGACUACUGCAAACUGAACCCUGAUGGUACAGUGCACACCUCUGUCAGCCAUGGCUACAACAGGAGGGAUUUUGUGACCUUUGUCAUCCCAGCCAGGACGUGGGCGGCUGCAGUCCCUCAAGCUGUCCACUUGGGUGGCUUGAUCACAGCUGGCCUUCUCGCAGUCCCUGAGUUAAGUGUUAUUGAGAGAAGAGGCCUACGGAUACCCUCCAAGGUGGAGGUCGCGUGUCAUGUGACAGGGUUCUACCCUUGGGCGGUGCAGGUGGAGUGGUUGGGGGCAGAGGGGCUUCCCAUGGUAGACGGGGUGAGCAGUGGGGAGGUGCUGCCCAACGGAGACGGCUCGUACCAGCUGAGGAAGAGCCUGACUGUCCUACAGGAAGCCCAGGACACCCAGAGCUACAGCUGCCUGGUGCUCCACAGCAGUGUAGCUGGGAACAUCACACUAACCUGGGUUCUCAAGACCCGAUCCAGCUUCUGGAGGGACAGAAUCGUAACAAUGAUUGGCUGUCUAUAGUUUCUGACUGUUGUUCUGUUGUGGAAGAGAGGAGGCGCAGUCAGAGAGACCUCCACUGUGACUCCCAAGUCUGACCACGGCAUGAUCCAGUCCUCAUAGCAGGUAAUGUCUCAACGUCAACAGUGAAGAGGCAACUCCGGGAUGUUGCAAAGAAAAAGCCAUAUCUCAGACUGGCCAAUAAAAAUAAAAGAUUAAGAUCGUCAAAAGAAAACAGA